GUAAACUAUAAGCUACGACUUGAUGAGAGAACUAUGAUUACAUUUAAGUACAUACACACACUAGCUUCAAUACUGUGGGGAGUGUAGAACGUCAGCUUUUGUAUCAGGAAGCUAUUUGAAACGAACUAGAUAGAGUGGAACCUUUCAAAACAGUGAGUAGAGUUGCCUUUUCCAAGUGCUGUGUGGUGGGGGCAUUGCUCGGGGUGUAAGUGAUGAGGGCAUUGCUCGGGGUGUAAGUCUUGAGCAUAACACUUGUUGGCCACACUGUCCAUGUCCGUAACUGGCUGAGGUGUGUAACUGUUCCUGAUGACAUGUCUUUAACCUCUGCGCCUGGUGCUGUGCCGCACUGCUUCCCCUACCACACCACACCUUGGUCAGACCACCUCCGUUAGCUUGUCCGCCUUCUGUAAAUACACCUUUGCUUUCCUGUCCUCGGCGCUGUGAAUGUGGUGGUGGUGGUGGUGAUGGUGGUGCCGUGGUGCAGCCCGAGCCAGAGGACGCGUGGGGGGACUGGGUCACUUUCUCGCCCUCACAGAUCACCGCCCACGACGACGCCUUGUUCAGGGUGUUCGCCAGAGAUGCGGACGUGGGCAUGAACGGUGACCUGGACUACAGCAUCAGGACCGGCAUGGGCAAGAAGGGCCGCUUCAAGAUCCACCCGAAGACUGGCCAAGUGUACAGCAACAAGGCCUUUCCCCCGAGCAAGACCUUCGAUUUGAUGAUCCAAGUGAAGGACAACGGGGCGCCGCAGCUGACGGCCACCACGCGGGUCCUCGUGCGUGUGAUGGACGUGCCCGUGGAGUCUCCCAACCCGCCGGUCCUGCAGCCGCCGCCCCCCGCCCACGUGAUGGAGACGGACGCGCCGGGCCACCUGGUGUCCUUCAUCAACGCUCAGGACCCGGAUAACGACACCUUGUGGUACUACAUCACAGGUGAGGGACAUAUAGGGUCGCAUUCUUAACCCGGUAGCAGCGACGGGCCAAAUUUGUGCCAUGAUAUAAACCCCCAAAACAGAUGAUACAUAAUCUGAUCACAAAUGCAUUGAUAUAUAUUAUGAAAUGGUUUGUGUGAGGGGUGAUUUUUUCUCAUUUUUCUCGCUUGGAGGGACCAUUAAGA